CGUCUUCGUCUUCAAGAGGAGUGCGAUGUUUCCGAAAACCGUCGGCCGCCAAUAUCUUAAGCAGCUGAAGUUUGAAAAUCGGUGGACUCUGGAAGAGACACGGUGAGACGGUGAUGAAGAUCAGCUCCGUACCCUGGAACGAAAAUCUUAAAAUAAGAAAAAAAUAAACCGAAAAAAACGGACGAGACGGAUGGACACACGGACCCGGGGCCGACGUACCACAAAACCUCUGUCUCUGAAGCUGGAGCGCUGUCUCUCGACGGUGUAUCUUUUAUGAAUAAUUAAACAUAUGGAAAGUGUUGAACGUGGACGACAUCUCUCGUAGACGACCGAGCGAGCAGCAGCCGACGGAGAAGAAUCAAACGCACACCCGUAAUUUGAGAUCUUGUCGUCAACGUUGUUGAGGCCACGAAUCUUCAGAAAACUUUCCACGGGUGUUUGAUUGAACGGUGAUGUGUUUGGUUGAAGUGGGCUCACCAAGUACUCAAAAAACUUGAACGAAUUUUGGCUUCUGAAAGUUCUGCGGAAAGAGAAUAAUUUUGAAAAUUUUACCUCAAAGAUUACUGGCUCACGAAAACGCGAUUCGUGCUCGUUUCAGAUAUUCAGCCUUGGGCGGAGAAGCCGAAGAAGCUUCGAAAAGAAGUGAGUUGUGUGUGGUGAACGCGUAGAAGAAGCGAUAAGAAGAAAAAUUCUUGAAUACCAACGGAGAAGUGGUGGGUGUAGGAAAGAUUUAAACAAAAUUAAGCUCUGGAAACAAACGCGAAUACCAAUCGGCGACUGAUUGAAGAAAUCGGGAAAGGGGAAAGAAAGAGGAUCGCACACGGUUUGUGGGCUCCAAAGAAGAAUGUUUUUACCGAAAACCAAGUGAUUGUGAACCGUAAUUGCCUACUAGUAACAAAUACAUGAUCUCUUGUGGACGAUCAAGUGAUUCAGAAGCGGAACGUGCGAUAAGCCCAAUCAACGAUCGCGGAAAAAGCGUAGUAAUAAUGUGUGAUCGAUCCAAACAACAAAUCAUAACAACAAAACUGGGUGCUAGUGUUCUUGACGAUCGUCAGCUACCGCAGCAUCCCAAGCAACAGCAACAGCAGUUGUAAAGGGGUCCGCGAUCGCGCGUCAAACAAGUGUGUAACAAGCGAAGAGAUUUAAUAGGAUUGUAAAAAGUUUAUCACUCGAAUAAAUCAAUUAUAAAUCGGGACAGCAACAUCUCGUCGUCGUCUUCUUCGUCGUUGUUGUUGCGUGGACGACCGAGCUAAGUGGUUUGUGUGUUGUGUCUCGUGCCUCUUAGCCUUUUUUGGGUGGGUUGGAGGAGCAGCGGUAGGAAGAAGAAGCAGAACACAACACGAACGAACAAUCUCCUCCAGGCUGGAGAGCUAACCGAGGACCGCCGUUCGGACGAUCGGAAUCGAUCAGGUGCCGUGUGUGAGGACGGGAGCACCCGCAAAAUGUUUGACGUUCGUACCGUGGAAGCCGGUGGAAGUUGUGAUCAAGAUCGUGAUAGUGAUACAAUGUCAAUCACAGCGAGACGGCGACGUGCAUUUCAGCGGCAGGCCUGCCUGCUCAGCGUAAUGGCUGCGUUUUCCCUGGGGUUAGCACUUGGCGUGUUUGUGCCACUAAUUGGUAUGUCACAGGCGGUGACGAAUGCGAAGGGAUCUGGAGCAGUAGCCGGGGGCGACGGCAGUAGUAGUGGUGAUGGGGAAGGUGACGGAUUAGGUGGGAUUCCAGGCACUCGGUUUGGAGAGCACCUGCCGCAUAAGUUGCCACACUUUCCUACGCUGGAAGAUCUGCGGGGGAAGGAUUCCUACAACUCGGUGUCCUUUGUGGCGGAAGAGAAACUAAAGGCGGAAGAUGUGUUCCGGCAUGCGUUCCACAUCGAUCAGCAGCGGGACGAUAAGGACACAAUGGUAAUAAAGAAGUUUGAUCCCGAGGAUCGAUACAUCAAGGAGUACAUGGUUCGGAGGACUCCGGAUGGACUGUUCCACAAAGGUCCGGAGAAGAGGCUUUCUCAGCCAUCAAUCAUGGAACAGAUUCUUAACUCUGGGAAGCUGGAAACGGCCGAAGAAUCUGUGAUAGAGAUUGUUAACCAAAGCGAUGAUCACGACUACACCGAGGACUCCGAUGGAGUCAUUCUGAAUGAUAUCUUUUGGGGAUCAACCGUUGAAAAUGCCCUGCCAAAAGGGUUCGACAAAGGUCAAAGUGAGCUGUGGACUGACUACCUACAAUCUGCCGAGGUUGACCAUCUGGAGGUCGGUUGCGGAAGGAUGCAGAACCGGAUGGUAGUUUUUCGAGACGGAACUCGGGCCUGUGCCCGGUAUCGUCAAAACACGGAUCAGAUCCAGGGCGAGCUUUUUAGUUUUUAUCUGGGCCAGCUUCUCAACAUAAGUAACCUGGCACCGAGCGCCGCCUCGAUCAUUGAUAUGGAAACCAAACUGUGGUCAUCAGUUUCGGAUGACAUAUCCAACUCCCAGUGGAAAUCCACCAAACCGGUGGUCAUUACAAAAUGGAUUGAACACCUAGAACCAGCGGGGAUUCCAAAGCCAUUCCAGCCGCUGGAGCGACACCUCAAUAAACUAGACAUAAGGAACAUAACCGAGGGCCUUGAUCUUCCGAAGCCUCCAAAAGGUUUACUGGAUCGAUUGGGUGCCACCAUUACCCCAGAACUGCAGCCAAUCCGGCCACCGGGAGCUCCCCUGGCCGAACCGGUGUUAAGGCGCCUGGUCGAACUCGCUCAAUGGUCGGAUCUGAUCGUGUUUGACUACCUGAUCGCGAACCUUGAUCGGGUGGUUAACAACUUGUACAACUACCAGUGGAACGCCGACAUCAUGGCUGCCCCAGCACACAACCUGGCCCGCCAAAGCGACUCCCAUCUCCUGGUCUUCCUGGACAACGAGUCCGGUCUGCUGCACGGCUAUCGGCUCCUGAAAAAGUACGAAGCCUACCACGGACUGCUGCUGGACAACCUGUGCGUGUUCCGGAGAUCGACGAUCGCGGCCCUACAACAUCUGCGGGACAGCAACGUCGGCCAUCGGCUAAACGAGCUCUUCGAGCGAACCACCAACGCCAAAAUCCGGGAUGUGCUGCCACCACUGCCGGAGAAAUCCAUCAAAAUACUAGUCGAUAGGAUUGAUCGAGUGCUAGGUCAAGUGCAAAAAUGUCGUGAAAUUUUCUCCAACCGAUGACGACGACGGUCGUCUCGGAACCCGGAGUUUGUAGGUAUAUAAAUGUUAGUUUUUUUUUUGGUUUUUUGUUUGAUAGCAAGGUACGCUGGUCGUGUUUCACAGUAAAAGCUUAAAAAAAAGUUUUCAAUUUCGCUCUCGCGUGCCCCUGCGGGAUCCUCGGGCAACCUGUGGCUAAAUCAUCUAUCCCCUCGGAGCCAUCGGAGCGCGGCACAAACGAGACAACCGGGGCAUCAUCGUUUGUUUAGUGAGCACUGUCGUUGUUGUUGUUGUUGUUGUUGUUGUUGUUCCUAUCCUAGAUUGUUUUUUUUCUCGUUGUUGUGUUUUCUAUUUGUUGCUGCUCCAUGCUUCAACUCCUACAACAUACAAACAAGCGGGACGCGCGGCUUAGCCGUCGUCGUCGUCGUCGUGAACUCUCCCUCAAGUUGUUUGGGGGCCCUUUUCCAGUCGUUGUCCAAACCGAGAAAUGUUGCUUUUGCUGCUGCUGAUGAUGAUGGAGGGACCCCCAGCCGAGUUCAGGGUCCAGGUGACCCCUAAGACUCGAAGCUAAAACCCGAAUGUGGUCGGGCGGUUGGAGGAAAUCAGCCGAGAGACGGCAUGCCCGUCGUAAGUCGCUUAUUUUCGUUUCGUUUCGUUUCGUUCGUUGUUAUGCUUUUGCUUAUUUUUGGCCCCGGCCGUGUGUGAGAGAAUCGCGCUCCGCGUGGCUGGCCUGGCAAGCAACCGGGCACCGAGAUUUAGGCGAUUUAUCGCAAUUUCUGAAAGACACCCGCUCCGGAAAAUUGUUCCACGGCUCGGGUCCCUUAGAACAAAGAUUGGAAAACAAUAUAAAAUAGUUUAGUGGGCACCCUGCUGGGGCCUAGAGGGCCCCAUGAAUUAUUGUGUAUUUACUUUGGAGCAUCGGCUGGCAUCAACGGGUCACGUGCAGGAGGUUUAACAAUUUGGGAACAUAGGAAAAAACUAGGCCUAGAUCCCUAAAACGAUUAUUGUAGGAGCUAAGCCAACGUGAAAUAUCCCCGGAGACUUGGCCCGGAUUUUGAGCUUACUCUAACUAAACAAAACAAUUCCAGGUUUGCUUAAAAACAUAUUAAAUAACCUGAACUUAAAUAAUGAAAAAAAUACACAAAAAAAUGAAUGUAGAACUUUAAAAAAUUAGUGAUAGUAGGUUAACUUAAACAGUAAUCAGUGGAAUUUAUCUUCUAGCUCUGAAGAAAUUCAACGAAUAGGUUAACUAUCUAAAAAAAUUAUCGGACAAAUUGGCGUUAAGAACGUAUUUGUGCGAAACACUGCAAACUGAAAUAUGGCAGAUGUAAUUCUGCGCUUUGGUCAAAAUUCAUCUGAUCAGUAAAUGAAAAGUUGAGUUUUCAUGUAUCUUCCAAGUUUUCUUGAAAACGUUCCGAGCCAUUGCAAUGAUGAGAUACAGUUUUUAAGUGACGGAUCAAACAUGUAAAUUUUCUUUUUAUUUUGUUCAAGGAAAUCGUUAAAAGUUGUCAAUGGGUUCUGGCUCUGAACUCUGAACCUCAAUCAUGAUUUUUGAUGUGCAAUUUGUUGUUCGUUUAUCCAAUUUUCUUAUUUUGGUUAUCAUUUCUC